AUGCCACCUAAGAAGCAAAUCGAAUACAAGGCCAGAAUCCUAUUUCUACAUGGAUUUGCUCAGAGCUCGUCUGUAUUUUAUGCCAAAACCUCUGCAUUACGCAAGAAACUCCAGAGUUUGCAGUACAAGUCUAUCUAUCUCAAUGCACCAGUCAAUUUGACUCCAGCGCAGUUGCCUUCCAGCGACUCGUUGUCCAAGUUCAAUACGGUGGUUUCUACGGAGGAGGAAGAAACCAACUAUCGUGGCUGGUGGACCAGAAAGCCAGACGGAACAUACGAAGUUGAAGAUGCUAUAGAGACAGUUAGAGACUACAUUAACAACAACCUGAUCAUUGUGGGGUCGCCCGAGGAUGAAAAGGCAAACAACACAAGUGAUAGCGACUUGGAAUUGCCUAUUGCUGGUAUUAUCGGCUUUUCUCAGGGAGCUGCAUUUGCUGGUGCACUUGUGCAUACGUUUGACGAAUUGUUUGGUGUUGAGCCCCUUGAGUUUGCUGUCUUGUAUUCUGGUUUCAAGAUCGAUACUCGGAUAAUGCCUCAAUAUAAGAAACUUUAUAGUGAGAGGGACGGAGAAGACACCAAAGCCAGACUUUUGCAUGUGGUGGGUGAAUUAGAUACUGUUGUGGGAGAUGACAGAGGGUACACAAUGUAUGACGACACCAAAAAGAAUCUGCACCUUUUGAAGCAUCCAGGAGGACACUUUGUGCCCAACUCCAAGUUGCUGAUUGACCAGGUGACAAACUGGAUGGCUGGCAAAAAUGAGGUAGAGGUGAAGGAGAAGCCUAAAGAUGAUGUUGCAGACUUGUUGGCCAUGAUCGAUAAACUUGGAGGGUAA